UCACUUGUCACAUUGACGUUAACACUUCAUAAAUUUCCGUUCUUGUUGUUGCAAUUUGCGAUUCGGUUCUCCGGUAGUGCUGUGGCAAAUUUCAGAAAUUAAGCUCAAAUUAAUCAAUAUAUCAUGGAUGACGAGGCAGGACAACUAGAUCCAAGCUUGCGGAACAUCAUUGAGCAGACGUCAUUAAAGUGGAUAUUUGUCGGUGGCAAGGGAGGCGUAGGAAAGACAACAUGCAGUUGCAGCUUGGCUGUGCAGUUGGCAAAAGUCCGUGAAUCAGUUCUUAUUAUUUCCACAGAUCCAGCGCACAAUAUUUCUGAUGCGUUCGACCAGAAAUUCACGAAAGUUCCGACAAAGGUUAAUGGAUUCGAGAAUCUUUUUGCGAUGGAAAUUGAUCCGAACGCAGGCAUUAAUGAGCUGCCUGAUGAGUAUUUCGAGGGGGAGAAUGAAGCGAUGAAGCUAAGCAAAGGAGUUUUGCAUGAAAUGAUAGGCGCCCUGCCUGGGAUCGACGAGGCAAUGAGCUACGCGGAAGUUAUGAAAUUAGUAAAGGCAAUGAACUUUUCCGUUGUGGUAUUUGAUACAGCACCAACAGGACACACUCUAAGACUUUUGUCCUUUCCGCAGGUCGUCGAAAGGGGUCUCGGUAAAUUGCUCCGAUUAAAAAUGAAAGUCGCUCCCUUCAUUUCCCAGCUUGGUGCCUUAUUUGGUAUGCAAGAAUUCAGUGCGGAUGCACUAUCAGCAAAGCUAGACGACAUGCUGAACGUUAUACGACAGGUUAAUGAUCAAUUCCGAAAUCCAGACGAGACAACUUUUGUCUGUGUGUGUAUAGCAGAAUUUUUAUCCCUUUACGAAACGGAACGUUUAGUACAAGAGUUAACAAAGUGUGGUAUUGAUACGCAUAACAUAAUUGUUAAUCAAUUGUUGUUUAAGAAAGCAAAUCAGGCACCGUGCUCCAUGUGUCAGUCACGGUAUAAGGUGCAAGGAAAGUAUUUAGACCAAAUAGCCGAUUUAUAUGAAGACUUCCAUGUUACAAAGCUGCCGUUACUAGAGAAUGAAGUACGGGGUGUCGAGAGCGUUAAGAAAUUCUCCGAAAACUUAAUUAAGCCCUACUCCCCUUAAAUGUUGAACGUAACGUUUCAUCACUUGGCAUUCGAUUCGACUGAUGGCUGAGUAAAUUGCAUUUCAAUGCGUAUGUCAUGGCUCUUCUGGAAAAAUGAAAACCUUACAUAAUAAUGAUCCACUUUUUUGUAUAAAUUAAGGGAAGGAAAUAAUUUACCGCAAUAAAACAACGAUAGAAUUUGAAA